GGAGACUCUAAAGAGCACUUUAGCUGAGUCAUCUGAUAUCCCAGUCUGGCUCAUUGCCACUAAGGGUCAUAAUGGAGUGGUGGGAAUGGUGAACUGCCUCAGACAGGAGCCCGGAGGCAACCGUAUACGGUGUGCAUUUGUUUCUAAUCUAAGUAAGGAUGCUGAAGUCCCCUCACUUGUUCCUACCCAAAAGGAAAUGAAGGCAUUACUAAAGAAGGAUCUGGUCAUGAACGUGUAUCGUGACGGACAGUGGGGUGUUUUUAGACACCAGUUGUUAACACAAGAUCUUAGCGAGGAGUUGACAGAGCAGGCCUACGUCAAUGUCCUGACUCGCGGUGAUCUUUCAUCGCUGAGAUGGAUCGCUUCCCCGCUGCGUCAUUUUAUCCCAUCCAAUCCCAACGUGCAGCUCUGCCGUGUUUACUACUCCUCCCUCAACUUCAGAGACAUCAUGCUGGCCACUGGCAAACUGCCUCCAGAUGCCAUCCCUGGAGACAUAGCGCUGCAGCAAUGCAUGCUGGGAAUGGAGUUUUCAGGGCGAGACCCCAGUGGACGACGUGUAAUGGGUUUGCUGCCAGCGAAAGGUCUAGCCACAUGUGUGGAUGCAGACAAGCACUUCCUUUGGGAUGUUCCAUCUAGCUGGACACUGGAGCAGGCCGCCUCUGUUCCAGUGGUGUACGCUACCGCAUAUUAUUCGCUAGUGGUGCGAGGGCGUCUGAGGCCUGGAGAAAGUGUGCUGAUCCAUUCAGGCUCUGGAGGGGUGGGACAGGCCGCUAUUGCUAUUGCACUUAGUAUGCGCUGCCGAGUCUUCACAACUGUCGGUUCUGGAGAGAAGAAGGCGUACCUGCAGGAAAGAUUCCCACAGCUUACAGCGGAAUCUUUCGCUAAUUCUAGAGACGCCUCCUUUGAACCUCAUGUAAUGCUCCAGACUCAAGGCAAAGGAGUUGAUUUGGUACUAAACUCCCUAGCUGAAGAGAAGCUGCAGGCCAGCUUGCGUUGUUUGGCCAGACAUGGGCGUUUCCUGGAGAUCGGCAAAUAUGACCUUUCUAACAACACACCACUAGGUAUGGCUCUGUUCCUAAAGAACGUGGCCUUCCACGGCAUACUGCUGGAUGCUUUGUUUGAGGAGGGGAACAGGGAAUGGGAGGAGGUAUCUGAGCUUCUGAAGAAGGGAAUUGCUAGUGGUGUCGUACAGCCAUUACGUACCACUGUCUUUGAGAGGAACCAGGUGGAGGAUGCCUUCCGCUACAUGGCUCAGGGCAAACACAUCGGCAAAGUCCUGCUGCAGGUACGUUCAGAGGAGACGAGCAGCACUGUUCCUGCAGCCUCUGCUCUUUCUCUUCCCGCUAUCUGCCGUACCUUCUUCCCUGCCUCUCUCUCAUACAUCAUCACGGGAGGUCUGGGUGGUUUCGGCUUGGAGUUGGCCCAAUGGCUCACUGAGAGAGGUGCUCGUAAACUGGUGCUGACAUCACGUUCUGGCAUCCGCAAUGGUUAUCAAGCCAAGCGUGUUCGGGAGUGGCAGGCCAUGGGCAUCCAGAUCCUCGUGUCCACUAGUGAUGUCAGCUCAAUGGCAGGGACGAAGCGUCUCAUCAGUGAGGCCUGCCGCUUGGGUCAAGUUGGUGGCAUCUUCCACCUUGCCAUGGUCCUCAAAGACGGCAUGCUGGAGAAUCUGACCCCACA